UUGGGUGCUGCGCUCGGGGAGGAAAAGGGCUUCGCCGAGCUCCGAGCCUUGGCCCACGAUUGGGACGCCGUGUCUCCGUACGCCGUCCGCGCCGCGAUUAAAACGCCGACCCGGGCAGCAGCACCUGUGCACCCGCACCAAGGUCCGAUGCGUGAGACCGACAUGGAUGACGACCCGCGCGGCGUCAUGGCCGAAGAAGGCGGCCGAGAGCGCUCGGACGCGUCGUGCGGCGAAGACAGCGACUGCAGCGACUCGGCGCUCAACCCGCUGGCGCAGCUGCAGAGCGCGCUCCAAAAGACCGGAGCCCUGGGCUCCGCGCUGGAGGGAAGCGCCGAAGGGAGCCCCACGGUGCCCGGCCGGCCUUCGUCCACCGAAGCGGGCGGCGCCGACGCGCCGAGCCCGUACCGCUGCCACAUGUGCGCCUUCCAGGGCCGCUCCAAGGCCGAGUACACCAGCCACAUGGCGACCCACCUGGACCACAAGUGCCCCAUGUGCGACUACCGGUCGCGCACCGAGGGCCGACUGAAGAGACACGUCAAGGACUUCCACUCGGACGACCAGUGGCAGAUACUGCCGGGCGCCGACGACUGCAAGGACCGGACGUUCCGGUGCCGCCAGUGCGGUCACGUGGCCGCCAGCAAGACGGACUUCUGGGAGCACAGCAAGCUGCACAUCCGCACCGAGAAGCUGCUCAGCUGCCCCAAGUGCCCGUUUGUGACCGAGUACAAGCACCACCUCGAGUACCACUUGCGCAACCACUUCGGCUCGAAGCCGUUCAAGUGCCCCAAGUGCAACUACAGCUGCGUCAACAAGAGCAUGCUCAACAGCCACCUCAAGUCUCACUCCAACGUGUACCAGUACCGGUGCGCCGACUGCAACUACGCCACCAAGUAUUGCCACAGCCUGAAGCUGCACCUGCGCAAGUACGCCCACCGGCCGGCCGGCGUGCUCAACUCGGACGGCAGCCCCAACGCGUUCCCGAUGUUGGACGUUUACGGCACCAGGCGGGGUCCGCGUAGGGGCCCGCGAGGCUAUCCACCACCGCCGCCACCGCUGCCACUGCCACCGCCGCCGAUGCAGGAGACCGCUGCACCAACCCCGGACCUGAACGUUCAGGGACAGCAGCUGGUGGGCCUGAUCCCGACGGUGGCGUGCGCACAGCAGCAGCAGCUGCUCCGCGCCGCGGCACUCGUGGCCCCGGGCACCGUGCCGUGGAAGUGCAGCGUGUGCGACUUCACCACGGCCGACGAGCAGCAGCUGAGCCGGCACGUCCUGGGACACGCGGAGAGUCAAGACCUGUGUCGGCUGUACGGCAUACGCAGCCUGCCGGGCGCCGCGCCGCCCAUGCCACCGCCGCCACAGCCACCCCCGGCAAUCGCCAUCCCGCACCAACAGCAGGACGCCCAGCCGGAGCGGCCGGCGGUCGUGUCCUCCACGUCGAGCCACGAGCCCCCUCCGAGGGGGGACGAAAGGAAGGCCUUGGACCUGAGCCGCACGCCGACGGAGACGCCGCGCAGUCGACGCAAGGGCAGGGCCACCAGGAUCGACAAGCUGUGCAUGCGACUUCAGGACGCCCCCGAAGUCGUCAAGACCGAGACGUCGCCAGUGAGCCCGGUCCAGACGCCGCCCUCGCCCCCGUCGGCGUCGUCCCGCGAAGGCUCCGACCCGGCCGACGGUGUGAACAAGCCCAAGGACUCGUUUCGCUGCGCUUACUGCGACAUCGCGUUCGAGCACUGCAUCAUGUACACGGUCCACAUGGGCUACCACGGGUACCACGACCCCUUCACGUGCAACAUGUGCGGACAGCGGAGCGAGGACAAGCUGGCCUUCUUCUUGCACAUUGCGCGUGCUGCGCACCUUUGAGACUCCUUCCGCGAGCGCUAGGUGUUAAAGCGCAAUCCCAUGGACUAAGGUCCCUAUAGAUAUAUUGCCGCACUGUAUAUUCGAAAAGAGAUACCACACGUCUCAGGGACCUUAUACUGUCGACAGUAAGCGCGCAAGGUGUAGAUUACGGACAGCCUCUUGUGCAAACGUAGAGAGAAAGAGACAGCAGGUUUAAUGAUGGGAAAGGUGGAGAGGCCGGCCGGUGAAGCUUGUGUCUGGCAUGCUACACCAAAACUGGGAUAAAGGGUUAAGAGGAAGCUUUAGCUCUGAGCCAACUCCGGUUCCACCUAUACUAUAUAGGGCGCGUGUUUUUUUGGCUGCACCAAAUUUUUAGAAAUUACCUGUGGCAGAUGGCACAGUUCUAACCACUGAGCUAAAUUACUCAAAGAGGCGGCCAUCCUUUCUUCGAGAAAUCAAAAUGCUUAUCUCACUAUAUAUAUGUCGCCAUGCAGCCUCGGCCAGACAAUGCCAAAUUCUAGCAUGCCGUGCCUCCGCUGUCGGCAAGAUGAGCGUAUAAGAUGUAUAUAUUUGCAGACCUAUAGGAGUAGGACUGCCCCAAUUUCGUUCAUUGUCAUCCAGUGUCCUUUUAAAUCGAAGGGGAACCCGCCGCGGGGACUCUGUGGCGUUGCGCUACUGAGAGCUACCUAUAGGUCGCAGGUGCGAUUCCCAGUUGCGGUGCGGUGGCCGCAUUCCGAUUUAGGCGGAAUGGCGCAGAUGCUCGUGUACCUUGCCUCGGGUACACGUUAAGGGAGUGCUGACGUGGCAUUCUCAACCUGUUGUUUGAUGUCUAGAACCUUCCGUGUGACGCAAAAAGAAGAAAUAACGUCGAAUAAGGCAAACCUCAUUAUAACGAAACGGAAUAUAACGAAGUAAGUGAAGUUCCCCUUGAAAUCCACAUAGCGAUUCACAGUGCAGUACUUGCAAUAACGAAUGUAACGAAGUAAUGGGUAUAACGAAGUGAUUCUGCCUCCCCUCUUCAACUUCGUUAAAACGAUGUUUUACGCUUGUCACGUCAUAUAUCACUCCUCCAAGUUAUAGCCCCAAGUUGUCAUCCGGCGCCUUCCCCUCGCCCCUUCACAAGAAUCACAACCCACUGUGCAUAACCAGAUUGUGCAGUUUCGGUACGUUAAACCUAAUAAUUGAAGCGAUGAUACUCGGGGGCCGUAUUUCGUAAUUAUUAUAAUUUUUUGGCCAUUCGUAACUGGCAUGCACAAAGCGACGCCCCGGCCGCUAACGCCGGAAUCGGCCACUCCGCGGCGCUCGCGAAAUGCGGCCUCUGCGUAUAGCGUUUGCUGGGCGCCUUCAAAUGUAUAGCCACGUCUUAUAUAUAGCCUUCGCGUACGCGGUUGGGUUGCAACCGGACCGUUUCGCGAAGCACACUCUGCACUGACCGGCGAUCAACUAGUCAGGGUGAAAUGUGAUUUCGACGGCUUCGCGUCCUCACGCCCAAGCCAAAACGGAAACCUCCUCGACGCCGGACACUGCGAGUCGAAAUGCAGAAUCAAAAGAAGCCGACUGCACCACCACGCGGAGUGCAGUCGUACAUAUGUAAUAUAACGAUGUCUAUGUACGCGCCAGAUUUCAGAAUGUAGUGCUCAAAAAAGUAAAGAUAUGUCAUCUUGUCCUGGA